GGCGGCGGCUGGAGGCCGGGAGGUACCCACCACCCUGGGGUGGCGGAGGAGGAGAAAAAGCGGAGAGGAAGAGGAGGAGAAGGGACAAGGGGAAGGAAGGAGAGACUCCCGGACAACGCAGGAGAGCCAGGAUCUUCAGCCCUGAGGGUGCCGGACCCAGCAAUGUCUACAGACACCUUAUCAAGCAAAGCACUAAAGAUCAAGCGGGAGCUGGGUGAGAACACGGGCCCACACCUAUCUGAUGAAGAGCUGAUGGCGUUGUCCGUGCGGGAGUUGAACCACCACCUGCGAGGCCUGUCCAAAGAGGAGGUGGCACGGCUCAAGCAGCGGCGACGCACGCUCAAGAACCGUGGCUACGCUGCCAGCUGCCGGGUGAAGCGCGUAUGCCAGAAGGAGGAGCUGCAGAAGCAGAAGACGGAGUUGGAGCGCGAGGUGGACAAGCUGGCCCGGGAGAAUGCCGCCAUGCGCCUUGAGCUUGACGCCCUGCGCUCCAAGUACGAGGCGCUGCAGGGCUUCGCGCGCUCUGUGGCGGCACACGGUGGGCCUGCUGCCAAGGUGGCGCCUGCCAGCGUCAUCACCAUCGUCAAGUCUUCAGCCUCAGCAGCUGCUGCCAGCCCAGCGGCCUGCUCCUCGUGACCGAGGGCCCUGCCCCCCUGCCCCUCUUUACUCGGUUGGGGGAUCCUGGCCCAGGCCCCGCCUCUGGCUCCCAUCCCCGCUCCAAUGACAGGGAGGCCUGGCACUUGCCACGCCCCUAAUCAGGCCCCGCCCACAGACUCCCAUUCUCUAUUCUAGUUAUUGGCCCCUUGUCCUCUAGGGGUUUCAAUUUCUUUCCUAAUGCCUCGCCUUAACACCCUACUGUCCCCGCCUCUCAAUGGCCCCGCCUCCCGGCUGCGCUCUCCCGCUUCCCUGGGCACCGGCUCCUGGCACUGUGUAGCACUCAGGUCCUGGGAAGGGGAAGCAAGCUCCUCCACCGCAUUACGCAGAAGUGACCGAAGAAGUUAAAUCCACAAGAAUUGACUGACUAUCUUUUGUCACUGUGCCGUGCAGGGAAAGCGUCCUGGGCUGCCCAUGCCCUUCCUUGCUCCCCUCCCGUUUCCUCGGCUAGAAAAUGGGCCCGAGGAAGCUGCUUUAGGGAGAGGGGGAACAAGCCACGGCCUGUACAGUGGGGACCCCAGGGCCGCCCUCUCCCGAGAGCACAGAUCGGAGCAAGCGGCUCAACUCCUCCCCCAGAAGCCGGAGGGUGGAGGGACAGGUAGGAGCUGUGGCCCAGCCUCCCCCUCCUCCAUAUUUUCAGUUCUCUUGGCCUCUGCAACAGAGACUGGAAACCUAUUUCGGAGGCCCGGGGUCUCCCAGAGGUAGCUCGACAUCCCCUUCGGGCACUUGGAGCUGGAGAGAAGGGCGUGUUCUGCAGCAGCACCUCGAUGAACUCUGGAGGAUGCAGGAGGGGGAGCCGGCCUGGCCCAGGCCCCGCUUCGAAUCCUGGGAGCACUUUUGGGGAGGGGGCCCAAGCCUCUGGGGUUCUCGUCUUCCAAAGGAGGAAAGCCUUUUCCGGGCCCCUGCCCUAAUCACACACCCGGCCUCCGCCUGCCUCGCCGCCCCUUCCCCCGUGACACACUCGCCCGCCUCCUUUCUCCCGCCCCAACUCCCUUUUUUAUUUAUUGCACAGAACUAAGUUAUUCUCCGCCACAGCGACCAGCCCCUCUCGCUGGAGCCCGGUCCGGGUGGCAACGCGGCCGAGCUGGACGUUGUAUUUUGUAUCUGCAAAUAAGUCACAUUGUAUCUUCUAUGUAACAGAAGACCCCGAAACCCCCCCCCCCCCGGGCUCCGGAAGUUAUUUAUUUUCCGACUUCGAGUGAGCGUGGCUCGCCUCCUGUAUUUUGUAGACUUUCUGAAUAAAGCAAGUUCUUUUU